ACUAUCAGAUUAGAGAAAACGAAAAUAAAACUAACAAAGCAUUGAUAGUUGUAUAUUGUUGCAUGCGUUUGUGGAGAAAUGAAGGAAAGGGACGAUUUUGUAAUUGAUGGUAAUCAAUCUGGUGAUGAGAAUGAGUUAUUCUAUGAAAAAUCGGAAAGUGAUUUUUCGUUUAAAGGAAAGGUGAAACGAUAUGAAUCGCCAGAAGUCUUAGAAAGUAAAGGUGAACUUCUCCGCCUAGGACCCAUGAGACUUUCCAACAGGGGAACUUUGAAGAAUAAUGAAAAUUCUGAACUUAUGUCUCUAACUGGUGACACUAUGGAAGAUGUAAUUUCCGUGAUAAGAAAUGUUGAAAGAGCUAAUUCUCUAUCAGCCAAUAGGUCACAUCCAUACAGACAGUCUACAGAAAAUGUUUCCACUUCGAAUCAAAUUAUACCGCAACAACCCUAUCAUAGAACAUUUCCACCCUACAACUUACCAGAUCUGGGCAAUUUUACAUCAUUUCAUGAGCAGAUUUAUGACAACAAUUUUUUAAAGCAAAUGGACGCGGAAUUGAAUACUGCUGCUCUUAGAGAGGAUAGGAGAAAAAAAGGGGGAAAUUGUCUUCACUUCUUGGCAGGUGCAAAUUCAACGUUUCGUCUGGAAAAAUUUCAAGCUCUACUAGUAUAUAUCUAUCACAAACAUACCCAUUAUAUCACGGCUAGAGAUUCUUUCAAUUUAACUCCAUGUGACAUAGCUAGAGAGAAAAAGUCAUGGCAAAAAGCCCUUUGGUUUUUUCAAACUGGCAAACAGACUGAGACUCUGAAGAACCUAUUGGAAAAGACUCAAGUUGAUGUCGAAUUCUUAAGUGUAAUCCUCAAAAGUACUCCAAGCUUAUCAUGUGUACAAUUCUCAAAUGGGAAGAAUCCCCUCUUAACUCUGCUUGAUUCCUUUGACAAUGAUAAGUCUAUAGCAGUCGUACUGCUUAUCAAAUAUGGAGCUAAUCUAAAUGUUAAUCACAUCGAAAAAAAUCUUACUGCUAUGCAACUUCUAAUUAAAACAGGAGAUUUACGUUUGAUUGAAAACGUCCUUUAUAUUUUAGAUGGUGAAAGAGUGACAGCAUAUUUAAACCCCUCCAAUGGAAUUGAAACUCCGAGGAGUACUCCUUUGUCUACUGCAGUAGAAAAUGAGUGUAAUUUGGACAUGGACAGACUUGAGAAUCUGUUGCAAAUGCUAAUUCAUUUUAAUGCAAGAAAGUUACCUUUCAUAAUUGAAAGAGUUCGUAAUUCGAAUUUUCCUGUAAACAUCAAAAAUUUGUUUUUUCAGUAG